AACUGGAUCCUGGCCUGCAGUCCCGAGAUCACUUAAUUUCAAUUAUUGAAAACUGACUAACUGAGAGAACUAAAAAGUUGCCAGACAGCUAGACGUCGUGAGUACCGGUGUCAAUUUUUCAAGACCUGUUCGUCCCACCGUUGUUUCUUUUUGAACUGUCUUUGGUCGCGAUGGCUGCCCCAGUGACCAGGGCCGAAGUUCUCAAAAUCUACAAGACCAUGUUGAGGGAGAGUGGCAAGUUUUCAUUCUAUAACUACAGGAUGUACGCGAUCAGACGUGUAAAAGAUGCAUUUAGAGAGCAAAAGGCGGUCAAUGACAAAUCAAAAAUCCAACAGCAACUUCUCGAGGCACACAAGUUUUUGAAUAUCAUCAAGCGACAAGUAAUUGUGGGAGAUUUAUACAAAUUUGAUAAACUCGUAAUUGAAGUAGAAAAUAAUGGAAACAAUGAAAAACAUUAGUUUUUGCGUCAUGCUGCAUUCGAAAAUAAACUGAAAGUGUACUUGAAUUUAUCAGUCAGAUUUUCAAAUGUCUACACAUAAGUUUUUUUAAAUGUUUGUUCCUAUGUUAAAUACUGAUAUAUAUUGUUAUAUUGAUGAACACCAUCAUUGUUUACAUUGAGUGAUGUCAAAUAUUAACUGAAAUUUGUAAAAACUGAUGGUAACAACCGGUUUUUGUGAAAUUAUGCGUUUUAAGCAUUUUAUUUUUGUACAUUGUAAACAGCUAUACAACUUAAUAGUAGAUACAUCUCUUGUAAUUGUUUUURCUUAUGAUAAUAUAUUGUAAUAUUGUAUAGUU